GCAAAGUUCCCAGAACACUAACAACACUAUGGCCAGUUAACUGGAGUAGGCUGCUGUGAAUUGGCCUCCCAUAACAGGUCCAGGGCUUGGAGCAGGAGCAGAAAAAGAAGGAUGGAAGCUGACCAAUGCAGAUUCCUGUUUCUAUUAUUUCUUUUCAUGUGCCAACUAUCUCCAGAAGCUGCUGCAGAAGUUCAGGAAUCCUCAGAUGAUCCUGGUGCUUCCCGGGAAACUGUGCAGCUCACAGAUGUCCCAGCUACCAUGGAAUUCAUUGCUGCUGCUGAGGUGGCUGUCAUAGGUUUCUUCCAGGAUUUAGAAAUCCCAGCAGUGUCCCUAUUCCACGGUAUGGUGCAAAAGUUCCAAGCCGUGUCAUUUGGAAUCAGCACGGAUGCUGAGGUUCUGGCCCACUACAACAUCACGGGGAACACCAUUUCCCUCUUCCGCCUGGUGGAUAACGAACAAUUGGAUUUAGAGAGCAAAGACAUUGAAAGCAUUGAUGCCACCAAAUUAAGCCGCUUCAUUGAGAUCAACAGCCUCCACUUGGUGACGGAGUACAACCCUGCGACUGCGAUUGGCCUAUUUAAUAGCAUGAUUCAGAUUCAUCUUCUACUGAUGAUGAACAAGGCCUCCCCAGAGUAUGAGGAAAGCAUGCACAGAUUCCAAAAUGCUGCCAAGCUCUUCCAGGGGAAGAUUCUCUUUAUUCUGGUGGACAGUGGUGUGAAGGCCAAUGGGAAGGUGAUCUCAUUUUUCAAACUAAAGGAGUCUCAACUGCCCGCUUUGGCAAUUUACCGGACUCUAGAUGAGGAGUGGGAUACACUACCCAGAGCGGAAGUUUCAGUGGAGAAUGUGCAGAACUUUUGUGAUGGAUUCCUGGGAGGGAAGCGGCUGAGAGAAAAUCAUGAAUCAGAAGAAAAGACUCCAAAGGUGGAACUCUGAGCUCUCCCUGAUACUCCCGCAUACUACUAAGAAUUUACACGAUAUAACAAAAGGGCAACUCAAACUUCAGAGAUGCUAACCAACAGGAUGAACAGGCCUUAAACACACACACACACACACACACACACACACACACACACCCCUCCAUUUUGUUCCUUAAAAUCUCAUUUACUCUCCUUAUCCUUUCUUUUAAAUUGUCUACACUCUCUCACUACCCAUCUGAUCUUCUUCUACGCAUUCAUACUGUGUAGUCCCAUACACGGCAACACACAUCACUGAAUGGAG